AAGUUGGGCAUCAAAACCCUAGCAAUCUGUGAGUUUCAUCUUCGAGGGAGCUAGGGUUUUGCUCUAUUGAAAUGGAUGCCCAACGUUCAUUCCAAGUCUCGCCGGAAACGGAGAAAUUUCUGUGCCAGCAAUUGUUGGAUCAAAACCAACCAAUCUCAGAGCGAUUUAGAGCCCUCUUCUCUCUCCGCAACCUCCGCGGCGCUGCACCCAGAAAUGCGCUUAUCCAAGCAACUAGAGAUACCUCAAACCUGCUUGCACACGAGGCCGCGUUUGCUUUGGGUCAGAUGCAAGAUUCGGAAGCCAUCCCCGCUUUAGAAACUGUUCUGAAUGAUCUUUCGUUGCACCCCAUUGUUCGCCACGAGGCUGCAGAAGCUCUUGGUGCAAUUGGAUUAGAACGUAAUAUUGCACUUCUUAAGCAAAGUUUAGCCUCGGAUCCAGCUCAGGAAGUUAGAGAAACCUGUGAGUUAGCCCUGAGUCGAAUUGAGGAGAUGAAGAAUACAACCAUCUCCGAAUCAUCUCCUUUCUUGUCGGUUGACCCUGCUGCCCCUGCUACUUGUUCUUCUCUACGAGAACUUAGGGAAGUUUUAUUGAAUGAAAAGAAGAGCAUGUACGAGCGUUAUGCUGCUCUUUUUGCUCUUAGAAACCUCGGCGAAGAUGAAGCUAUCUCUGCUAUUGUGGAGUCCCUAGGUGCAAAUAGUGCUUUGCUACGACACGAGGUUGCGUAUGUAUUGGGGCAACUGCAGAACAAGAAAGCUUCGGAUGCACUAUCCGAUGUUCUUAGAGACGUAAACGAACAUCCUAUGGUUAGACAUGAAGCAGCUGAGGCUCUUGGUUCUAUUGCAGACAAUCGAUGCAUUGCUCUGCUGGAGGAAUUUGCCAAGGACCCGGAGCCUAUCGUCUCGCAGAGCUGUGAAGUUGCUCUCAGCAUGCUCGACUUUGAGAGAUCGGGAAAAUCCUUUGAGUACCUUUUCAUGCAGACCCCUCAAGUGCAGCAAGCUUCAUAGUAAAGUUGCAUUUGCGUUUCUUCCGUUACGAGAUUCGAGCCGUUGAAGAACCGAUUCGAGUUCUUCAUUAUGGAAAAAAAAUAUUUAUACAUUUUAUGGAAACAAAAUUGGUAUAUGUGCUACCAAGAUUACUACUUAUUUACAUGACAGUUCAAUGUUAGAUUGUGACAAUAUUUUUUUUUUUUUUUUGUGGAACGAUGAUGGAUGGUUCA